AUGGAAAGCUUCUAUGUGCGCGGUUUAGCCACAAUUGGCAGUGAAUUAUUAACUGGAACAUUUCAAUUAAAUAAUCUCAAUGAUAGUAUAAAUGAAUUUGAAUUACAAAAAUUUCGAAAAUAUAUUGAUUUAUUAAAUGAAUUUAUUAUUACACAAGAAGAAAAAAAUUAUUUAAUUGAAAAUUUAUUACGAAGAUUAAUUGUUAAACAAAAUUCGUAUCAAUUUCGUCUUGAAAUUGAAAAGUGUGGUUUAAAUUUAUAUGUUUGCCUAAACUUUUCAGUUUGA